UAACAAUCACAUCGUUAUCAUCCAAAUGCUUAAAAAAAAGUUGUGUUUCAGUGAGCCCCGUUUACCUUUUCAUUUUUUUCCUUUUCUGCGUCCCAUGACUCCUCGGCUGGGCGCAUCCUGAGUCUGGUACACCCCUCCUGCUGCAGACAACGCAGCCGUGGCGCACGGAGCCCGAGGACCACAGCUGAUCAGCAACACUCUCUAACACUCUCACACUCCUGUCGUCCUCCUCCUCCUCCUCCUCCUCCUCCUCCUCCUCAGACAGGCGGGUUCAGAGCCUGCAGCACCCCGUCCAUAGCGCUGCACCAUGCGGCCACGGAAUAGCAGACCAGGUGGGAUUAUGUCGCGCUUCGCCAUCGUCCUUCUGAUCUUCUGCGGGACGCGUGGAGAAGAGGCAUGUGACAGCCCGCUGAUAUCCAAUCUGAUGCCGUCGUCCUUCACAAGCUCCUCCCAGUUGUCCAGCAGCCAUGGCCCAGAGUUUGCCAAGGUCAACAAGAGAGAAGGUACAGAUGAGUCCUCAGUCAGCCAGCAGCAGGUGGCCCUUGGCAGCCUGCUGGACGACCAGCACUGGCACCAGGUCAAGGUGGAGCUCUUCAAAGCUCACUUCAACAUCACCUUGGACAGCAACGCGCGGCAGACCCAGGUCCCCACCGAGCCCGCUCUCUGGGACGUCCGACAGAUCAGUGUGGGAGUCGCUCCAAGCCGUCCGCAGAGAGCAGUGGUGUCGGAGAACUUCCACGGCUGCGUGGAGAACCUGCUCUACAACGACCUCAACCUGAUAGACCUGGCUAUCCAGCAGGACCCCCAGGUAGCCACCACGGGGGACGUGACCUUCUCCUGCACCGAGCCCCUCUCCAUCGCCGCCACCUUCGUCGGGCCCCAGAGCUUCCUCCGGUUACCGGGGGCGACGGAGGCGCGGUCGCCGGGGCUGAUGUCCGUGGGGCUCCAGUUCCGGACGUGGAACGCCGCUGGGUUGCUGCUGACGUUCCGGCGCCCCCCUGGGGAGGGGGCGGGGCCGGAGGCCGGGGGGGACGUGUGGCUGCACCUGAGGAAGGCCGCGCUCCACCUGGGGGGUCGCCACGCCGACGGAACCCCGCUGGAGCUCAGCGCAGGCGUGGGUCUGAGUGACGGGCAGUGGCACUCUGUGGAGCUGAGCUUCAGAGCAGACGGCGUGAGGCUCUCGGUGGACGGAGCGGGGGGUUCCAGGGCUGACGCCAGCGGCCUGCUCCAGCUCCCCACAGAGAGAGACCUCUUCUUUGGGGGCUGUCCGGCAGAGGGGGGCGGUCAAGACUGUCACAACCCCUUCACCGUCUUCCAGGGGUGCAUGCGCCUCCUGACUCUGGACAACCGACCUGUGGAUCUGAUCAAGGUGCAGCAAAGGCUGCUGGGUAACUACAGCCACCUGCAGAUCGACAUGUGUGGCAUCACGGACAGGUGUUCCCCCAGUCACUGUGAGCAUGGCGGCAGCUGCACCCAGUCCUGGAGCUCGUUCCACUGUAACUGUUCCUCCACCGGAUACAGCGGAGCCACCUGCCACAGCUCCAUAUAUGGGCAGUCAUGUGAAGCAUACCGACACCAGGGCAACCGAUCUGGACAUUACCACGUAGACAUCGACGGCAGUGGACCCAUUAAACCCCAGCUCAUCUACUGCAACAUGACAGAGGACCAGACGUGGAUGGUUCUGAAGCACAACAACACGGAGCUCACCCCCCUCCGGCCGCCCCCAUCGGGGGGGCCGCAUCACGCCUCCUUCGACUACGCCUCCGAAGAGGAGCAGCUGACCGCCAUCAUCAGCCAAUCAGAGCACUGUGAGCAGGAACUGUCCUACUACUGCAGGAAGUCCCGCCUCCUCAACACACCGGAGGGCCCGGCCUCCAGCUGGUGGGUCGGGGGUCCAUCUCCAGGGGCGACCCAGACCCACUGGGGGGGCGCGGUGCCGGGCAGCCAGCAGUGCGCCUGCGGCCUGCAGGAGAACUGCCUCCACCCCCGGCACCUCUGCAACUGUGACGCUGACCAGCCACAAUGGGCAAACGACUCGGGGCUGCUGACCAAUAAGGAGACACUACCCCUCCGAUCUCUGGUGCUGGGGGACAUCCAGAGGCCUGGCUCUGAGGCCGCCUACAGGGUCGGGCCCCUACGUUGUCACGGUGACAAGAGCUACUGGAACGCAGCGUCCUUCGACACGGAGACUUCCUACCUCCACUUCCCCGCCUUUCACGCCGAGCUGAGCGCCGAAAUCUCCUUCCUGUUCAAGACCACCGCUUCCUCCGGAGUCUUCCUGGAGAACCUGGGGAUCAAGGACUUCAUCCGCAUUGAGCUCAGCUCCUCCACCAAGGUGGUCUUCUCCUUCGACGUGGGGAACGGCCCUCUGAGGGUGCGGGUGGACGCGGGGGUCCCGCUCAACGACGACCGCUGGCACGCGGUGCGGGCCGAGCGCAACGUGAGGGAGGCGGCGCUGCGCGUGGACGCGCUGCCCGCCGCCGCGCUGCAGGCCCCCGCAGACGGACACAUCAGCCUGCAGCUCAACAGCCAGCUCUUCAUAGGCGGCACGGCGUCCCGGCAGAAGGGCUUCCGGGGCUGCCUGCGCUCGCUGCAGCUGAACGGGGUCACCCUGGACCUGGAGGCGAGGGCCGCCAUCACCCCGGGGGUCCGGCCCGGCUGCCCCGGACACUGCAGCACCUACGGCGCGCUGUGCGUCAACGGGGGGCGCUGCCAGGAGAGGCCCAAGGGCUUCGCCUGUGACUGCGGCCCCUCGGCCUUCACUGGAACCUUCUGUCACCAAGAGCUGUCGGCCAGCUUCACGUCGGCCACCGCGGUGCGCUACGCCCUCCGAGAGCCCCGGCACCCGGGUAGGAACCAGAGCGCCCUGCCCGCCCCCCCGCUCCCCGCCCUGCCCCUGAGGGGGGAGGAGGUGUCCCUGAGCUUCAGGACCAGCCAGAGCCCCGCUCUGCUCCUCUACGCCUCCUCGUCCCACCACCGGGAGUACCUGGCGCUGGUCCUCAGCGGAGAUGACAAGGUGGAGGUGCGGUACAGGCUGCACAGCGGCAGAGAGGUGGAGGUGUUGAGGAGUGACGUGGCUCACCUGGCUAAUGGCCAGCUCCACACAGCUUCUGUCAGGAGGCGGGCAGACACCGUCUCCAUCCAGGUGGACCAACAUGCUAGAGAAGACUUCAACCUGUCCUCUGAUGUGGAUUUCAACGACUUUGAGUCUCUUACUUUAGGGAGAGUGCUAGGGUCUUCUGAGAUGGACCACGAGAUGGCUCUGCUGGCCUCCAGGGGGUUCACGGGCUGUCUGUCGGGGGUCCUCUUCAACUCCAUCAGCCCGCUGAAGGCCGCCCUGCUGCACCCGGACACGGCCCCCGUCAGCGUCAGCGGGCCCCUGGCCCGGUCCCGCUGCGGGGCCCCCCCUCCAGCCAGGCCCUACACCUCCCAGACCACCCACUCCCUCCCAGACCUGUCGGGCUCCGUGGGCCCCGGCCAGCCGCUAGUCAACGCCAUCAGGAGCGAGUCGGCCCUGAUUGGAGGCCUGAUCGCCGUGGGGGUCUUCGUGGGUCUGUGUGCGCUGGCCGUCGCCGUGCGUCUGCUGCACCGGAGACGAGACGCCUGCCGCGGGCCCGAGACAAAGGGGGCCCCCUCAGGGGAGGAGGCCCCCCGGGAGUUCCCCUUUAGCGGCCAGGCUGACUCGGAGAACGACUCCUUUGAGAGCCCCAAGGAGUUCUUUAUUUAGUGGCCCCCACGGACCCCCCCACUGUGUGCUGGAGAAGAGGGGCGGCUGCCAUGUGGGGGCCCCCAGAUAUCCACAGAGAACAAAACAGCAAAAUAAACGUCUCGUCCCCUGGGAUCAGGGAAACGGCGAGCUAAGAACACAAACUAAGAAGACCGUCCUUCUUGUUAGUUGUGUUGUGUAUAUAGUGUAUAUUAAUGUAAUGAUCACUGUAAAUGUGACCAACCAAUGUGCUGGACUGUGGUAUUGAAAAUGGUAUUUGUCAUAUGGAGUAUGAGUAUGGAUAAAUAUUCUAGUAUCUAUUCGGUGAACCAGAAAAUUUGCAGUUUGGGCCACAAUGAUUGACUCUAAUGCAAAUACAGAAGCACAUUCAGAACUAAUAACGUAUAACGUGAUGUAAAAUACUUUAUUUAUUUAAAUGUCUUUCUCUCAAGGUUUUACAAGGUAUCAACGUCAAUUGUGCUUUGUGUUUGUUUGUGUUUUGUGUUUUGUGUGUGUGUGUGUGUGUGUGUGUGUGUGUGUGUGUGUGUGUGUGUGUGUGUGUGUGUGUGUGUGUGUGUGUGUGUGUGUGUGUGUGUGUGUGUGUGUGUGUGUGUGUGUGUGUGUGUGUGUGGUACCCUCAAUGAAAAAUGGGACUGUGACUGUCACCUUUGUGUCUAACUGUAUUUGUUGUAAAGCUAAACUGUGUUCGUCUGAAAGAACAAUUUUUGUAUUCUGAGGUUUGCCACAAAGGGCACAAGAAGAAAAGAUAGGUUCUCAGCAAAAAAUAUGUCAAUAUGGAGCAAAUCUAAAGUUAGCUUUCUCUGCUGACAUUUUCAGCAUGCCUCGAAGAUUAACACAUUAAAUAACCAUUCUCGUUCCCUUACCAACAACAAUCUUUUGACUUCCUAGAUGUAAGCUAGCCGUUGAUUUGAAGUAUUUGUUUGCGAUUGACUUGCUUCAUACGUUUAUUAUUGCAGAAAACACUAAUUGUCCACUUGGACCAUGUCCAACAGAAGACCAUCUACCCCUCAUCGAUCCCAUUAGUCUCGUAUCGAUGUCACUGCAAAAGCAGCACAGAAAAGAGUAGACUGCUUCUGGAACGUGGCUGGAAAGAACUGGAUUUAUAUACUUCAAAGGCAGACUUGGUAUUUCCUAUUUUGUUUUGUUGUGACUAUAUUGGUCAGGGUUAACCCAUGAUAUAAUUCUGGGUUGAUAUAAUAAUAAUAAUUUUCAAUAAAAAUAAUGAGUGAAGAAUUAAAGAAAACA